AUGUCUCCACGUUUAAGAAACGGAAAAGUUUGGCGUCAACCGUUGCUGUCAAAGUACCAGGAGAAGCCACCUCAGGGAAUUCGAAACGAAAAAUCACAUCUCUCUCCUCAAAGAACCGAACCAUUAGACCACCUGCAACGCUCCCAGAGAAGCGUCCAACAACCUAGCGGCCGUAAGCGGAAACGAUCGCAGGACGAUGAAGGCCAAUUUCCUACCAUAAUCAAAUCGCCUUCCAAGCAAGAGCGAACGUGCGGAGUCAGCGUUGAGAAGCCCAAUCCGGUUGAAUUCUGGGUAACGGAAAAACACUGGCCGAAGGACUCCAAACAAUACAACCUGACUUGGGACGAUCUCAAAAAAGACACCUGGUACGAGAAAUUCUGGGACCCGGAGAUGAAUCGUUUACUUCCAAAGCAACAGUCGUCUUCCUCUCUCCAUAAGAAGCAAACGGAGUCAGGUGUCAUCGCCACAGAUCCCCAUACCUCAAGCACAACUGCUUCAUACCAAGACAUACGCUACCAAACUGUACUUGCGGCUAAGGGUAGCUACUUGGAUGAUUCAGAGUUAGGAAUCACAAAUGCAAGCAAGAGCAUCUGCCGAGUUUUACUUAGGAAGAAGCAGACAGUUCCCCAAAAGUCGCUUUUUCGGGCUGAUCUGUUCAAGAAGACUUGCAAGAAGUUAGAAAGCAGAAACGAGGCCAGACUUAUUCAAGAUGUUACUCGGCUUAUUGUUCCUUCUGCGGAAACACUUGCGACUUUCGGAGCCAAACAGCUUGAGAUCUUAGUCGAGAGUGUCCACGAAGGCUGGAAUAAUUCCAUUCCUAUAACACAGACUCGUCCGCAGCCCGACUAUGCGGUAGGAUUUGGGCGAGGGGCAUUCACAGAGGAUCAGCUCAAGCGGCUUAAACCCCUUGUCGGCGAGGUUACUGAAACUUCUUUCUUUAUGGCCACUUACUACAUGUACUUCCCGUUCUUAACCUGCGAAGUUAAGUAUAGCAACGCCGCACUAGAUGUUGCAGACCGGCAGAAUGCGUAUAGUAUGACAAUAGCAGCAAGGGGCAUUGUCAAACUCUUAGGCUUGUCAAGCGCGAAAACGAGCUUCAUCGAGAAAUCCUGGCCUUCUCUAUCUCACACAAUCACCGGUCUGUCAGAAUAUAUGGUCACUAUCCUAUUAUUGAUGGCAAGAGAACUACCUUUUACUGUCAUCUAA